GGAAUCCCAGUUCUUUAAGAUACUUCCAAGCAAAUACUACAAUGAAAUGAUUUCUAUAUCAAUCUCGCUAAAUAAGCAUGUCCUCGCCCUUAAAUCCAUCUCUUACACACCUUAUGCUAUUGAUAUCCACGCGCUCGCCAAAAUUCGUAUAGCGAAAACCGGAUUAUUUUAUCAUUCGACCAUGAAUUCACGAAUAAGAGCGUUCCGCGUUGCGCAACCCAGAGUUUUUCAAGGUAAAAAGAAAGAGGGAGUCUCAUGCGGGGGUUACCGACGCCCGACGUUUUUGCUCCUUCUACCCUUCUUAAUGGAAAUCAUUUAUUCGGUCCGUAUAUAAAUCCUAUGAUAUUCUCUCAUUGAAUUCAUUCACAGGUUAAAUCUUACUUUAGGUACCUGUUACUCGUAAUCCAUAAUGGAACCCACGAAGAACGAACAAAAUUGGCUUAAGCGUAAUGCUAAAAAGGCCAAAUAUCGUGCCAAGAAUUAUUUCAGGAGAAAAGAAAGGCCUGAACACUCCAAAACAUCAUCUCGAACAGAAAACCCGUGUAGCGUAAUGGACCCGACAAACCCCGAUAACGGCAACCCAUCGAACAUGUCACAGUCCAGUCCUGCCGUUCACAUAGAGGACAGUGAAGUCGGGAUAGAAGCGCCUACUGGCAACAUCAGUGGAAGUAUUUCUGAAGAGCUUCUAGGCCCGGACAAGCUUUGGACAAAAGCGUACGAAAUGGUAGGCCAAGAGGACCCAAAACUCUUGGAGGCCUACAACCAACUUUUACUGGGGGAGGGUUAUUUAGGACAAACAGACAGUAACGAGCCACGGCCUGCUGAUAGAGACUGGCAAGAACAGGUCCAAAGGCUCGCCCGAGAAAAGUUAGAGGCGACCCAAAAGCAGAGACUCAGCUUCCAGGUACGAGGGGAGGAUGUCGUUAUUCGCGAUCAACUUCAGAAGAUUAUAGGGUUCAUUAUUUCUACCAAAGAUGUCGUGGCAACCGCCAUCUCAUCAGAACCCUUUGCCGCACUAGGAUGGGCUGGUGUUAUGUUCGUUUUUCCUUUCUUGAAUACGAUGCUGCAACAAGAUAAAGAUGCCAUAGAAGGGUUUGAAUGUAUAUUACCCCUUCUGGUCCGCUGCAAACUCAUAGCAGACGACUUUUUGCAGCCAACUUCCGCAGACUUAAACCCCCCUAAAAGCUAUCAUAAUGCUGUCCUUUCUCUCCAGUCGAAGAUUGUAGAACUUUACUACAAUGUCUACAAAUAUCAGAUUUCAAUUCUCGUACACUAUAACCUCUCCGCUCUCGGAAGGUAUUGGGGAGAUCUUAAAGUCAAAGAUGACUGGAAAGGAACUGCCAACCGGUUUAAGGCCACAGAGGAAGAAAUCAGGGGAGAUACACAAGCCUUAUCUUCCCAUAAAACUACUAUGAUAGAUAGGAGGCUUGAGUGUUUUCUGUCUAAGAGUAAACAGCUCUUAGAGGCUUUCAACAGGGCUAUAGAGAGCAUAAAAGAAAUUGAACAAGCUUCACAUCUCGGUCAUCUACGCGUUGCUCAUUCCGCAGCGUUCGAAUCCUCAGAUGCAGGACGGCAACCCUGCACGCCAGGUACUCAGUCAGAGAUCUUGAGCCGCCUACAAAACUGGAUAGAGAACUCUACAAAGCCAAUUUUGUGGCUUCAUGGCAUGGCUGGCACGGGCAAAUCCACUAUUGCUCAAACGGUUGCUGCAUCUUUGAGUAAGAAAACCUCCUUUAGCGGCGAUUCACAGCUACUCGGUAACAUAUAUCUCGGCGCUACUUUCUUCUUCAAACAGGACGACAACAAUAGGAACCAUGCGGGGGUGUUAUUUACAACCCUUGCACACCAAUUAGCUCACAAGCCGCUCGGUCUGGAAAAUGAGAUAGCCAAUGCUAUCAAGCAACAUGCAAGUCCUGAUAUAAGUUCGCGAGACUUAAAAACACAAUGGGAAGAGUUAAUCCUGAAACCCCUAAAAACGAUUGAAGAUUCAUCUCCGCAAAUACGCCUCAUAUUAAUCAUUGACGCCUUAGAUGAGUGCUGGCAUAAAGAACCCGGAAUUAUGAAAAGGAAUGUUCGAGAUAUUGUCCAUUCGUUAACACGAGUUGGAGAACUAUCUGGAAUUCAAGUCCGGGUUCUUAUAACUAGUAGGAACCAAAGUCACAUUCAUGCAGCCUUCGAAUCAAUACAGGAAUCUCAUGAAGAACUCGAGCUCCCGAAAAUUAUACUCGAUAAAUCCAGCAAUGACAUAACAACUUUCUUCAAGAGCAAUCUUCACAAUAACUGGGAAUAUAACGGGGUCAGUUCGGACCGGCUUAGUCCAGAAGAUUUCCGCCAGCUUGUUGAAAAAACUGGUGGACUAUUCAUUUACGCGGCGACUGCUUGUAAAUUCCUAAAUAUCGCUAAUACAGAUAUAGCAAACAAGCGGUUGCGCAAGCUUCUUGAAGGAACCUACAACACGAAGUCCCUAGAGUCCAACUUGGACAACAUAUACCGUGCAGUCUUGGAUUUUAAUACCCAGGACUUGGACGAAGUUGAAAAGCAAGAAGAAUUCUUGCUGAAAGAAAUCCUGCGGUUAAUCGUGGUACUAUUCAGGCCCCUACCAAUCGAUUCCCUGGCCGAGUUUACGAUACCGAAAAAACCAGUAUCUAGUGUGGAAAAAUGCCUUCGAGAUAUAGGGUCCAUCGUCGACGUCCCAAAGGAACGUAAAUCACCAAUCAGCCUAGUACACCUCUCAUUCCGCGAGUUUCUCUUGGAUAAACACAGAUGUGGGAGAACAGGCUUUUUUGUUGAGCCAUCCAUGGUGCAUUUCCACUUACUCGAAAGGUGUCUCGACAUUAUGUCGCAACACCUCCAUAUGGAUAUGUGUGACAUUCGAAAGCCGGGCGUUCUUUCUAUAGAAAUUCCACCGGAUUUAGUACAGCGAUCCAUCGAACCACAUCUGCAAUAUGCCUGCAAGUACUGGGUUAAUCAUCUCCUACAAAUUGAGGAGACUCAGCUACCCAAGGAUAUCUUAGUUGACGAUGGAAUAAUUCAUAAAUUCUUGCAGAAGCACAUUCUGAACUGGGUUGAAACACUCAGCUUGAUCGGGGAGGCUGGAAGCGCUAUUCACACAAUCAAUCAUCUAAAGACGUUGGUCAAUACAUCUGAAAGUCGAGAAUUAUCUAAUUUCCUCUACGACAUAUACCGAUUUAUUAUGUCUAAUAUACACAUUAUUCGGGAAGCUCCUCUUCAGGUGUAUUAUUCCCCAGUUUUGUUCAGUCCCUCUACUAGCAUCAUACGACGUCUAUUUUUGAAGCCACUCACCGAGUGGGUUACAAAGCUUCCCACUGUAGAUGAUACCUGGGGUGCUGAAUUGCUGGCUAUUAAGCACGCCAGUUCUGUUUGGUCGGUUAUGAUCUCCCAGAAUGGCAAAACAAUGGUCACGCGGUCGGGUAGCAUGGCCCAACUUUGGGAUGCUACUACAGGCACUGAAAUUGCCAAGAUUGGGUAUUCAUUAAGUGAAAUUAUUCUAUCAGUUUCGAUAUCAUCAGAUGGACAAACCAUUGCCUUAGGCCUAACGUCUGGUAUAAUUCGAUUAUACGACGUGCGGACGAGCGAAACCUUAGAUAUGUUAGGCCACGAGGGCAAUGUUUUUAGUGUGGCUUUUUCUCUAUGGCCUAAUAGCAAAUUAUUGGCCUCGGUAUCAGAUGACGGAGCGUGUUUUGUGUGGGAUGUAUCGACACAGAAACACGCCUUUGCGAACAAGGUUCCCGAAUCUUAUCGACAAAAAAUUGCGAUUUCGCCUGAUGGUAACCUCGUGGCAGUAGGGAGUUGUGACUAUUACCAUAAUGACAAAGGAGUCAUAAAAGUGUGGAAUAUAAGUACAGGGGAGUUAGCAGCCAACUUUAAUUACGCGGCAAUGAUCGAAUCAAUUGCAUUCUCCUCCGAUGGUGUUACAAUGGCGUUGGCAAUGGGGAACGGAUCAGUUGAGAUACACAAUACUAAAUCAUGGUUUACGCCUAUCGACAUAUUCCACGAGGGGUACGCAAAAUCAGUUGUAUUCUCGCCCGAUGGGAACAUCCUUGCGAUCGGCUACGAUAUCGGGGUAAUAUACCUUCACAAUUCGGUUUCUGGGGAAGAAAUACGUAAACUAACCUACGGCAAAGGUUUAUGUGAUAUGGCGUUCUUUCCUAGCGGAGAAACCUUAGCGAUCGCAUCAUAUGACCGCACCGUUCGGUUAUUGGACAUUACUAUUAAAGACGAUACUAAACGCAAGGCUAGAGCCCCCCAAUUGAGAUACUAUUAUGAGAUUGCAGUUAUUCAUGUUAGUAACACUGCUAUGGUGGCUUCCAAUGGACAGACCAUAGUUUGGGACAUGGAGAAGUGCAAAAUCAAAAUAGAAAUUCCCCAUCAGUUGCAAUGUUCUCCCAACGACAAAUUUGCUGUCUCUUCUCCCUACUCAUCGUAUCAAGCACUAUGGGAUAUUGCAACAGGCGAGCUGCUUAGGCAUUUCAAAGACGCCAAAUCUAUUCAUUUUUCACCCUAUGGCGACAUUUUAGCCUUGUCUUUAUAUGAUGCAAUACAAAUUUUAGAAAUUGGGACCUGGCAAGAGCGCGCACAUUUCAAAUUUGAAAAUAAUCAUUCUCCGAAAGUUAUUCAAUUUUCGGCAGAUAGCAAGGUUAUCUUAUGGACAACGCACGGUGACCCGUCUGAGGUCCCGUACUUACACUUACGUAUCCUGGAAAUGCCCGACUUUUCCUAUUCCACAGAAUAUGAUGCUGGUGCGAAGCCCAGAUUGUCGCCCGACGGUGCAUUGGUAGCCUUCCGUCCAAAGGGAGCAUCUUGUGUCUAUCUGCUCCAGAUAAACACGCAGGAAGUAAGAGCAAGUCUACCGUUCGACGACAAAUAUAUACACAUAUUAUUCUCGCCAGACAGUACUCGCAUAAUUACAUUCGAGAAAUAUGGGUUUGAAUGUGCCAUCUGGGAUACAGCUAAAGGUAAUCUGAUACAUACUUUACGGAUGACCGAUAAGAUUCGCCCAAUUUCGAUAGCACUAGAUGGAAAGGUUCUUCUCGGAACCUCUGCUGGAGCUUCUAUAUGGGACCCUAGAACAGAUGAAGUGACAAAACUGCCUAUUAAUCAAUACGACUUCGCUUUAUCUUUCGCCGAAGAUAACAAAUACUUAGUUAGUAGCCGCGGUCGCCUUCCAGUCCCAUCUACUGCUAGAGAUUUUAGUUGUCUUUAUGUCAACGAUGAAUGGGUUUUGCAAGGGGGCGAGAGACUUUUGUGGCUUCCUGCUGCGUAUCGUGCGGGAUCUGCAGCGACGUCGGUACGGGGAGGGACUAUCAUUCUAGCGCCUAGAGUUGACUCUGUCAAGGUUAUCGAAAUUGAUCUUGAAAAUACCCCUAUAGCGAAGCAGCACAAGGGAUCUUUACAGGUUGAACAAGGGGACAUCAGAGUCACAGAAGUAGAGUAGCGGUAUGGUACAUGUGCUUCCUUUACCAUAUUUGUUAGAAAGGGGUAAACAUGGAAAAGACCAUUUUCGUCUAUUUAGAGAGGAUAUUUCGUGUGCAGAGACUAAUAUGCCUAUA